GGCGUGGCGGGGCGCGGCGGCGGGGGAGGCGGGGGAGGACUUGGAGGGUGCGUGAAGGCGCUUGCAUCGAUCGCGCGGGGCGACCGGCGGCGGCCGCUCAGUCCGCCGGGACGGCCGGCGAGAACGCGCGUGUGAUGCGCCACCGCUGAGAUGGCCGGCGCUCGGGCGCUCGUGGCCGCCUGCUGCUGGUGGUGGCUUACGACCGCAGCCGCCACCGAGCUAGAUCUGCUGGGCGCUCUGUCGCUACACAACACGUCGCGCGCCGGCGUGAGCGUCGCGCCGGGCAUGCAGCCGCAGCGCACCGCCUACACCCUACAAGGGGAUUCGCGGUCGCUGCAGGUGGAAGGCGCGGCGUUCGAGCGCGCUGCCGAGCUGCUGCGCAGGUCGCCCGAGUUCACGGUGCUGGCUUCCCUCAAGCAGGAGCCCGCCAACUCCGGCACCAUUCUCUCUUUCUCCCACGGGUACAACAGGUACCUGGAGGUGCAGUCGAGCGGACGCCGGGACGAGGUGCGCCUGCACUACGUUGCGGCGGGAGAGGCGGGCGAGGCACGCGUGGAGACGUUCCCGUUCCGACUCGCGGACGGCGCGUGGCACCGCCUGGCGCUAGCCGUGUCGGGCGCGCAGGCCACGCUCCUCGUCGACUGCCAUCCACUCUACCGCCGCCUCAUCGCGCCACCCGAUCGGAACUUCACGCAGCCGCAACUCACGCUCUGGGUCGGACAGAGGAAUAGCAAGCAUUCAUUAUUCAAGGGUACUGUACAAGACGUGCGGCUGGUGAGCGGGCCGCACGGCUACCUGGCGCAGUGUCCGGGGCUGGAUUCGGAGUGCCCCACAUGCGGCCAGUUCGCGCUGCUGCAGGCCACCGUGCAGGAGCUCACCACGCACAUCCAUGACCUUUCGCUUAAGCUGGUGGGCGCGGAGGCGCGGCUGGCGCGGCUGGAACAGUGCGACUGCCAGAAGUCGUGUUACUCGAACGGCUCCGUGCACGCCGACGGCGCCACCUGGAAGUCCGGAAACUGCAAUCGCUGCUCCUGCGUGCACGGGGAAAUAACGUGCAGGCCAGUUGAGUGCGAAAGAACCGACUGCAAGAACCCAGUGCUACCUCCCGGAGCAUGCUGUCCAACGUGUUUAAGGCACUGCUUGCUGAAGGGCACACUAUACGAGCACGGUGACCGGUUCGCGCCGAAGGAAUGCGCGGAGUGCGUGUGCCACGACGGCAACAUGCAGUGCACGCGCGUCGACCCCGACAGCGCCUGCCCGCCGCUGCCCUGCGACCCGCCCGACCAGUUCACCGUGCCCGGCGAGUGCUGCAAGUUCUGUCCGGGAGUGGACUACUGCAGUAUGGGGCACACAUGCGACGAAAAUGCGACCUGUAUGAAUCUCAACACCAAGUACACUUGUAAAUGCAACCAGGGCUUCGAAGGCGAUGGCAUUACUUGUGAAGAUGUGGACGAAUGUAGUGAAGCCGGCGGUCUGUACGGACACCACUGCCACUCCAACACGCGCUGCGUCAAUGUGGUGGGCGGCUAUGUCUGCCAGUGUCUGCCCGGAUAUACCAGGAGAGACAAGUUCAAUUGCGUCGAGGUGGACGAGUGCGCGGGCGACAAGCACGGCUGCCACGAGGCGGCGGAGUGCAGCAACACGCCCGGCUCCUACACGUGCCGGUGUCGCGACGGCUACGAGGGCGACGGCUACACUUGCACGCCGAUCUGCACGGGCGGGUGCCUGAACGGGGGGUCGUGCGUGGCGCCGGAGCGGUGCUCGUGCGCGGGCGGGUUCGGCGGCGCGCGCUGCGAGCGCGACCGCGACGAGUGCCGCGACCCCGACGCGUGCGCGCCGCGCGCCGAGUGCGUCAACACGCCCGGCUCCUACUACUGCGUGUGCCGCGCCGGAUAUCGGAAAGACCCGUUGCGGGACCAUUGUGAAGAUGUAGACGAGUGCGCGCUAGGCGAGCACACGUGUCUGAAGCACGCGCGCUGCGUCAACACUGACGGCAGCUUCAGCUGCGAGUGCGAAGUGCCCGACUGCGAGUUAGGAUGCUGGUGGCAGGGCGAGAUGAAGCGGGACGGGUCGCACUGGAGCGAGGCGGGCGGCUGCCGCGCGUGCGCCUGCAGCCGCGGCGUGGCCGCGUGUCGCCGCGCGCCCUGCGCCUGCGACGACGGCAACUCCACUGUGCAGGAGUCGGGCUUCGCUCCGGCGGCAUGCUGCCCGCACUGCGAGCCGCGGUUCCACUGCCGGCACCAGGAGAUGCACCACGUCACCUUCCGCAGCGGCGAGCGCUGGCUCUACCAGUGCCAGAUCUGCGAAUGCCUGCUGGGCGAGGUGGACUGCUGGGAGCCGGCGUGCGAGGAGAGCGGCGCGUGCUGCGCGCGCGAGGGAGCGGGACAGGGCGCGUGGCGCGCGCACCGCCUGCAGCUGGCCGGGUGCCAGCUGCCGCACUGCCGCGCCUGCCAGGGAGGCCAGUGUGCUACUUUGGUGAGCAAUCUCGCGUGUUGUGUGCAUCGAGCGAGCCCGGGCUGGACGCUGGCGCUGGCGCUGGCGGCGGCGUGGGCGCGGCGCGCGCGGGCCGGGGCGCAGCACCGCAAGCACCGCGGCGCGCGGCGCUAGAGCCGCCCUGAGCCGCGCCGAGCCCUGACUAUUUAUUCUAGAUAGACCUAAUGUUAACCAAUUGCGGCGGGCGCGCGCACGCCGAGGCCUUAACUUAGCGGCGGCGGCGCCCGCCCGCGGCGCCCGGAACCGCCAUGUGAUACUGUAUAUUAUAACGCGCGGUUGCGAUAGUGUCGAAUAUAUCAAAGUAUUUUAUCUUCGUUAUAGCAAUAUUAUAGUGUUAUCGAGUAGUUAGGUUAUAGAACGGUGUGCCGCGAAUCUUGAUCAAAUGCCUUUAUUAUAAAUAGUGCGGCGCGUGGAGCGAGCGGUUCCGGCGCCGAUGUAUUUCGUGCUCCCGACUCGCGUGACGUUCACCUCGCACCUGGACCCGUACAAGCCGGCCGGGUGCACUGGUCGUAAAUACGUAAAUCAUUGUUUCAUAUUCACCUUAUUCUAUUAAGGUUAUACCUAUAGGUGAACAUAAUGUACUUACCUACGUAUUUUUAUGACAGCCACUGGGCCGGCUUUAUUUUUACUGUCUGGAGUGUUUGUUAUUGCAAAGUUUGUAACACUAGUCACGACGGGAGCGUUAAAUAAUUAGUAGGUAAUAGAUGAUUUUCGCUUGUAGAAAGUACGUUCGCGGGUGUC